AUGACAGCCGAUGAUCAUCCCCACAAGGAUCGUGGCAUCAGGACAACCCUCAACGAUCUUAUCGAUGAGCUUACCGAGUCGAUCUGCGGCCUCUUUUGGGUCACUGCCUUCCCUGGAAACGUCUGGAUUUGGAUUCAUGUCAUUAGUACCAGCGUGAAUAAGUACAAGGUUGGGCCUCUGCUUGAGAGAUGGCCCAACAUGGUCAGACAUGAAUUUGAUCGUCAUGGCUGA